AUGAACUAUCUCAAGGACUUUGCCGAAGACCUGCAAGAUAUUGACAAGAACGACAAAGGCGGCCCGGACGACGAGGAAGGCGACGACGAAGAAGAGCCCGAGCCUGAAGAUCAGAUGGGUGACGUCGAAGAGGAGGACGAGAAACAGUUGGAUCCGAAACUUUGGGACGACGAGGAAGAUGAAGAACAGCAGCAGGACCAGCAGAAGAACAUGGACCAGGAGAAUACUGGUUUUUCAGAAGGUUCUUGCUCUAGACAGUAAUAUCCCCGUUUCAGCUGCGGACCAGAAGACCGACGACAUGGUCGCCAAGGAAGACGAGCCUCAGCCCCAGGAAGACGGAAAACAGAAGCCGGAAGACGUUCAGGAAGACCAGGAGAACGUCGAUGAACGCGAUCGGGAAGACGACGGCGGCGGAGACGUUGAUGACAAGAAUCAGCAACCGGAAGUUGAUGAAGAAGCCCGGAGAGAGGAGGAAAUGUUCGUUUUGGACUUGAUAGUCGUUGAA